GGCCCGGGAGGCCACGCCGCCAUAUUCGUUCCCGCCUGCGGCCCCGGGGCUCAGCCAGCAUGAGUACCGCCGCCUUCCAUAUCUCCAGCCUGCUGGAGAAGAUGACGUCCAGCGACAAGGACUUCAGGUUCAUGGCCACCAGUGACCUGAUGUCAGAGCUGCAGAAGGACUCCAUCCAGCUGGACGAGGACAGCGAGCGCAAGGUGGUGAGAACACUGCUGCGGCUGCUGGAGGACAGGAGUGGGGAAGUACAGAACUUGGCUGUCAAGUGCCUAGGCCCUCUGGUGAGCAAAGUGAAAGAGUACCAGGUAGAGACCAUCGUGGACACCCUCUGCGCCAACAUGCGCUCAGACAAAGAGCAGCUCCGGGACAUUGCCGGCAUUGGCCUUAAGACGGUUCUCUCAGAGCUGCCACCUGCAGCCACAGGCUCUGGACUAGCCAUCAUUGUAUGCCGCAAGAUCACGGGCCAACUCACCAGUGCCAUCGCCCAGCAGGAGGACGUGGCUGUGCAGCUGGAAGCUCUAGACAUCCUCUCUGAUAUGCUGAGCAGGCUGGGUGCUCCUCUGGGCACCUUCCAUGCCAGCCUGCUACACUGCCUGCUGCCUCAGCUGAGCAGCCCACGCCUGGCCGUACGCAAACGGGCUGUUGGAGCGCUCGGCCACUUGGCUGCGGCCUGCAGCACUGACCUCUUCGUGGAGCUCGCCGACCAUCUGCUGGACAGGCUGCCUGGCCCCCGGGCCCCCGCCAGCCCUGCUGCAAUUCGCACCCUCAUCCAGUGUUUGGGCAGCGUGGGCCGCCAUGCCGGCCACCGCCUUGGGGCCCACCUGGACCGCCUGGUGCCCCUGGUGGAGGAGUUCUGCAACCUAGAUGACGAUGAGCUUCGGGAGUCCUGCCUCCAGGCCUUUGAGGCUUUCCUGAGGAAGAGCCCCAAGGAGAUGGAUCCUCACGUAGCCAAUGUGACCAGCCUUUGCCUCCAGUAUUUGAAGCAUGACCCCAACUAUAACCACAAUAGUGAUGAGGAUGAGGAGCAGAUGGAGACGGAGGACAGCGAAUUCAGUGAGCCAGAGAGCGAGGACGAAUACAGUGAUGAUGACGACAUGAGCUGGAAGGUGCGCCGGGCAGCGGCCAAAUGCCUGACAGCUUUGAUCAGCUCACGGCCUGACCUGCUGCCCGACUUCCACUGCACCCUGGCACCCGCGCUCAUCCGCCGCUUCAAGGAACGGGAGGAGAACGUCAAAGCAGACAUCUUUGGGGCUUAUAUUGCGCUGCUGCGACAGUCACGGCCCCCUAAGGGAUGGCUGGAGGCGGUAGAGGAGCCUACCCAGACCAGCAGCAACCUCCACAUGCUCCGGGCACAGGUGCCCUUGGUGAUGAAAGCUCUGCAGCGGCAGCUUAAGGACCGGAGCAUCCGGUCCCGCCAGGGCUGCCUCAGCCUCCUCUCCGAGCUAGCAGGUGUCCUCCCUGGCAGCCUGGCAGAGCACAUGCCUGUGUUGGUAUCAGGCAUUGUCUUCUCACUGGCCGACCGCUCCAGCUCCUCCACUAUCCGGAUGGAUGCCCUAGCCUUCCUGCAGGGGUUGUUGGGCACAGAGCCAGCCGAAGCCUUCCACCCACACCUGCCCACCCUUCUUCCCCCUGUGAUGGCCUGUGUGGCUGACUCUUUCUACAAGGUGGCGUCUGAGGCACUACUGGUGCUCCAGGAGUUGGUGCGGACCCUGUGGCCACUGGACAGGCCUCGGGUGCUAGACCCUGAGCCAUAUGUUGGAGAAAUGUCCACAGCCACUCUGGCACGACUCCGUGCCACUGACCUGGACCAGGAGGUGAAGGAGCGGGCUAUCUCCUGCAUGGGCCAUCUUGUGGGUCAUCUGGGUGACCGGCUGGGGGAUAACCUGGAGCCCACAUUAUUACUUCUCCUGGAUCGCCUGCGGAAUGAGAUCACCCGGUUACCCGCUGUCAAGGCACUGACACUGGUGGCUAUGUCUCCAUUGCGUCUUGACCUGCAGCUCAUCCUGGCUGAGGCACUGCCCAUUCUAGCUUCCUUCCUGCGCAAGAACCAGCGGGCAUUGCGGCUGGCCACACUUGCUGCCCUGGAUGCUCUGGCUCAAAGUCAAGGACUUGGCCUCCCACCACCCGCUGUACGGGCUGUGCUGGCUGAGCUACCAGCUCUGGUCAGUGAGAGCGAUAUGCACGUGGCUCAGCUUGCUGUGGAAUUCCUCACCACGGUGACCCAGGCUCAGCCGGCCUCUCUGGUGGAGGUCAGUCGACCGGUUCUGGCAGAACUGAUGCGGUUGCUACACUCGCCCCUGCUGCCUGCUGGUGUGCUAGUGGCCACCGAGGGCUUCCUGCAGGCACUGGUGGGGACCCGUCCCCCAUGUGUGGACUACGCAGAUCUCAUCCACCUGCUCACCGCACCUGUUUAUGACCAGGUUGGGGACGGGGGACCAUGCCUGCACAAGCAAGUAUUCCACUCACUGGCCCGGUGCGUGGCUGCCCUCUCAGCUGCCUGUCCUCAGGAGGCUGCAGGCACUGCCAGCCGCCUUGUCUGUGAUGCCAAAUCACCCCACUCAAGCACAGGAGUCAAGGUCCUGGCAUUCCUGUCUCUGGCUGAGGUGGGCCAGGUGGCUGGACCAGGUCCCCAGCGGGAGCUGAAGGCAGUACUUUUGGAAGCCCUGGGGUCUUCCAGUGAGGACGUGAGGGCUGCAGCCGCCUAUGCACUUGGCCGUGUAGGCGCUGGCAACCUGCCUGACUUUCUGCCCUUCCUGCUGGCACAGAUUGAGGCUGAGCCCCGGCGGCAGUACCUACUGCUGCAUGCACUCCGGGAGGCCCUGGGAGCCGCCCAGCCCGACAGUCUGAAGCCCUAUGCUGAGGACAUCUGGGCACUGCUCUUCCAGCGCUGCGAGGGUGCAGAGGAGGGCACCCGGAGUGUGGUGGCUGAGUGCAUUGGGAAGCUGGUUCUUGUGAACCCUCCCUUCCUUCUGCCACGCUUCCGGAAACAGCUUGCGGCAGGUCAGCCACACACGCGGAGCACAGUCAUUACUGCAGUCAAGUUCCUUAUCUCAGACCAGCCGCACUCCAUCGACCCCCUCCUCAAGAGCUACGUUGGAGAAUUCAUGGAGAGCCUGCAGGACCCAGACCUGAACGUGCGCCGGGCCACACUGACCUUCUUCAACUCGGCAGUGCAUAACAAACCCUCGCUGGUCCGGGACCUUCUGGAUGAAAUCCUGCCCCUUCUCUACCAGGAGACCAAGAUCCGUAGGGACCUCAUCCGAGAGGUGGAGAUGGGGCCCUUCAAGCACACCGUGGAUGAUGGUCUGGAUGUGCGGAAGGCAGCCUUUGAGUGCAUGUACUCCCUGCUCGAGAGCUGCCUAGGCCAGCUGGACAUCUGUGAGUUCCUGAACCAUGUGGAGGACGGGCUUAAAGACCACUACGACAUCCGGAUGCUCACUUUCAUCAUGUUGGCCCGGCUGGCUACCCUGUGCCCUGCGCCUGUCCUGCAGAGGGUGGACCGGCUCAUCGAGCCACUCAGAGCCACCUGCACUGCCAAGGUCAAGGCUGGUUCCGUCAAGCAAGAGUUCGAGAAGCAGGAUGAACUAAAGCGCUCUGCUAUGAGGGCAGUGGCCGCCCUGCUGACUAUCCCUGAGGUGGGGAAAAGCCCCAGCAUGGCUGACUUUGCUGGCCAGAUCAGAUCCAACCCUGAACUCGCUACCCUUUUUGAAAGUAUCCAGAAGGACUCGGCCUCGGGUGCCAACACAGACUCCAUGGAGCUCAGCUAGUCCUACCCAGGCCCCUUCCUGCCCUUCAAGGUCAGCUUCAGUGCCUUCUCCAGGGACCCCAGGCCAUUGCCUGAGCCACAGAGAUGCCCGCAGCUGUCCCAUUAACUCAGGACCCUGAUCCUCACACAUCUCUGCUUCCUCAGAAGCCAGCAUUGACUGGGACAGGAAGUCCAGGUCCUCACUUCACCAUUCUGUUUCACUUAUCUGGACUCCAGAUAUCAGAAGAUGGUGUUCCCAACUGGGUAAGGCCACAAAAACUCCUGAUCCUCUAAAAUUCAAAGUUUCUAAUUGCCAGUCACAAAUACUCCAAAGACAAAAAAUUUGUAGGAAGGAUGAGACCAAGGUUUCUUCUCUGAUCCUCUACUCAGGCAUAACUGGUUUGUGUUCAUGUGUCCAGUUUUUAGUAUUGAAAAUGCAAAUGACAGGCAAAAAAAGUUUGUGAACCAAGGUUAAUAAAGAUUCAAAGGUA